ACGCACCCUCCCACUAUGGCGGCCCUUCCGGCGCGUUCCCGGCGUGCCCCGGUAUCCUGGGCAAGAUGGCGGACGUGCUGGAUCUUCAUGAGGCGGGCGGAGAGGAUUUUGCUAUGGACGAGGAUGGCGACGAGAGCAUCCACAAGCUGAAGGAAAAGGCAAAGAAGCGGAAGGGCCGCGGCUUCGGCUCAGAGGAAGGAUCCCGCGCUCGGGUGCGUGAAGAUUACGACAGCGUCGAGCAGGAUGGCGAUGAGCCAGGGCCACAGAGAUCCGUGGAGGGCUGGAUCCUGUUUGUGACAGGGGUGCAUGAGGAGGCCACAGAGGAGGACGUGCAUGACCGAUUCGCCGAAUUUGGGGAGAUCAAGAACAUCCACCUGAACCUGGACCGGCGCACAGGAUACUUAAAGGGCUACACGCUGGUGGAGUAUGAGACGUACAAGGAGGCACAGGCAGCCAUGGAGGGGCUCAAUGGGCAGGAGCUCAUGGGGCAGCCGGUCAGCGUUGACUGGUGCUUCGUCCGAGGCCCCCCCAAGGGCAAGAGGAGGGGUGGACGCCGGCGGAGCCGCAGUCCAGACCGGCGCCGCCGAUGAUGGAUCCAGACUUCCACCCAUUUGUGUUCCAAGUCCAUGCUGGGGUAAACUGGGAAAACAGGGGUUUGUCCACAACCUCAAGGAGCCAAACCAGCUCCAUCCCUGGGGAAAUUUGUGUUUUAUGGAAUUUUAUUGUUUUCAAAGGACAAAUACGAGGGAAGCAGCAGCCUCUGAGGGUUGGGGAGAUUUCCCUCAGGUUUGGGGUGAUCCCUCCCAGCCCCAUAUCCCAGUACAUCCCAAGAGUUUUUUCCAUGCCUCAGACAAAUUAUCCCUAAAUCUCCCAUGGCAUUUAUCCCACUGGGAAUUCCUUGAUUUCUGUUCAAUAACAAGUUUUUGUCUAA